AUGUUUCGAUCCAGCCUUAGGCGCUGUGCCACUCAGGCCAGAUCCGCCGCUACAGCUGCCCUCCUCACACAGACCCGAACUGCUUUGCCUGCUGUUCGCCGUCAGGUUUUGACAAGCCGCUCUUCUAUCGCUGCCAUCAGCCGAAUUGCUUCCAUCACACGCGCCUACAGCACCGAGGCUACAGCUGAGCAGAAUGAGUCCGAGUCUAUUCCUUCAGCUGAAGCUGAGCCUGAAGUUCGCUUCGCCGAUCUCCAGGGCAUUCACCCCAACCUUCUCAAGCCCAUCAUCGAAGACAUGAAAUACGAUACCAUGACACCUGUCCAGGCCAAGACUAUUCAGCCUGCCCUCAAGGGUACUGACAUCGUUGCUCAAGCCAAGACUGGUACCGGAAAGACUAUUGCAUUCCUUCUUCCUCUCCUGCAAAGAAUGAUUGAGGAGGACAGCACCCUCGCCGACAGAUCCGCUAGACGUCAAGCCCGAUCCGAUGAUAUCCGUGGAAUUAUUCUCUCUCCCACACGAGAGCUGGCCGAGCAAAUCGCCGCUGAGGCUCGCCGAUUGGUUUCACACACUGGUCUCGUCGUUCAGUGUGCUGUUGGUGGCACUGACAAGCGCAGCAUGCUUCACCAGACUCGACGAAAUGGUUGCCAUCUUCUUGUUGCUACUCCUGGUCGUCUGAACGAUCUUCUCCAGGACACCAGCAGUGGCAUUGAUGCCCCCAACCUGGCUGCUCUGGUCUUGGAUGAGGCCGACCGAAUGCUCGAUGUCGGCUUCGAGAGAGAGCUCAACGAAAUCAUCAAGUGCCUUCCCAAACCUGAAGAGAAGGUUCGCCAGACCAUGCUCGUUUCCGCCACAAUCCCCGACAGUGUCAUCCGACUGGCCCGCAACAUGGUCAGAGCCAACGACUUCGAGUUUGUCCAGACCAUCCCCGAGAAUGAGUCUCUUACCCACGACAAGGUUCCUCAGCAUAUCGUUCCCGUCUCCGGUUGGUCUCAGGUCUUCCCCACCCUUUUUGAGCUUCUGGAGCGUGAAGAUGCAACGAUCAGGAAAACCCCUGGUGCCAUGCCUUUAAAGGCUAUUGUCUACUUCAACACCACUGCUUUGGUUGAGCUGGCUGGCGAGCUGUUCUACCAGCAACGCCAGAAUGCCAAGAACGACGGCACCCCUUAUUUCUCUUCCUAUGUCAUGCAGUCAAAGUUGAAUCAACAACAACGCCAACGAGCUGCCGACAGAUUCCGCGAGGCUAGAUCCGGUGUUCUUCUUUCUUCCGAUGUCACAGCUAGAGGAAUGGAUUUCCCUAAUGUCACACACGUUAUCCAGAUCGAUACUCCCCGGGAACGUGAGUCUUACAUUCACCGACUUGGACGAACUGGCCGACAGAACAAGGAGGGCCAAGGCUGGUUGAUCAUCCCCAACUCUUCCGUCCGUAACGCUCGAAAGAUGCUUCAGGGUCUCCCCAUUCAGCAGAACAGCUCUCUCAGCAGUGCUGAGACUGACGUGGCAGGAGGUGAGACUACUCCUCACCACGAGAAAACCAAGGCGCUCUUUGGUACUCUUCCUCGUUCACUUCUCGCUACAGCCUAUAUGUCCAUGUUCGGCAUGGCUACUAACAAGCAUGAGAUGGCCGAAGAGGUCAACGAAUGGACACGUCUUGGCUGGGGAUGGGAAAAGCCCCCGUCUGUUUCCUCCAUGUGGGCUCAGAAGCUGGGAUUAGCCAAUACGCCAGGCAUGCAAAUUUCGGAUGGCCAGCGAUUUGGCGAUCGAUCUGGUGGACGGUUCGGUGAUCGAUCCGGUGGAUUUUCAAGCCGAGAAAGCGAUGAUCCCUUUGAUUCCAUGGCAAGCAAUGCUCGCCGGGAUGACUUUGGACGUGGUAGAUCUGGCGGGUUUGGCCGCGGAGGCUCAGGCGGUGGUCGCUCAGGAGGCUUUGGCGGUAGCCGCUCAGGAGGAUACGGUGGCAACCGUUCAGGAGGCUACGGUGGUGGCCGCGGUGACCGAAGCUCUGGUGGUGGCCGCUCAGGAGGCUAUGGCGGAGGACGCUCUUCAUUCUAA